CAUGUAGAUACGGCUCAGGUAGGGAGAGUCCAGGCAUCAUGACACUCCAUGCAGGACUUUGAGUAAUAAGGGAGCCCACGAGACCGCACGUGAAGACGGGACGCGCUCGCGUUCGAGGCGCGCCACUGACGCACCGUCCAUCACCAACCUCGUCGCAGUCGACAUUCCCUACUCUACAACGAUACGUGACAGAACCCAAUCAGUCAAACUUGUCGAGCGUUUCGAAUCGCGGUCUACAAACAUGGGAACUGGAAGAAUGGCGCCUGCCGUCCCUCGGGCAGCGCGCAACACUCGAUCAUCUACCCGUUUGCAAACCCAGAAAUCAUAUCAAAAUGAAUACACAUCGAAAGCAAAACACACCGGAAGGGUCCAAAAGAAGCAUCUAGAUCCCGCGAACAACGCACAUAAAACGAACAAGACAGCCACAUCUGCACCCAAAGCAUCUGCCACCAAAUCAGCAGCUCCAGACAAGCUCGACGCCAUCUCCGCAAGAUCAUCCUCCACGACCACUUUCUCUAUCGACUCCGACCUCCUCAGCAAGUCCAUCGUCUGCUACCGAUACAUCCCCACCGCCCAAAAGGAGGUUGCUAAGAAUACAGCGCACUUCAUCUUCACCCACGGCGCAGGCGGCACUCUCUCCGCGCCCGCAGUCGUCAAUUUUUGCACCGGCUUUGCUUCCACCUCCUCAACGCCUCUCCUUGCUUUUCAAGGCUCUUCAAAUCUCGGUGCACGGGUCAAGGGUUUCCACGCCUGUCACGGCCAUCUGGGCAGCGGAGCGAAGGAUCUAGUAUUUGGAGGGCGAAGUAUGGGCGCGCGAGCUGCUGUGAUGGCUGCAACUGAGCUUAUAGCUGAUAGGAAAUGGGACGAGAACGGGAAGAUGAGGCUGCUGCUUGUGAGCUAUCCGCUGCAGGGGCCGAAGGAUGUCCGAGACCAGAUAUUGCUCGAUCUGCCGGAGGACACCGAUGUCUUAUUCGUUGUGGGCGACAGGGACGCGAUGUGUCCACUUGAUUUGCUGGAGGAAGUCAGGAGGAAGAUGGUGGCUAAGUCGAGAUUGGUCGUGGUGAGGUCCGCGGAUCAUGGGAUGAAAAUUAAACCAGCAAGUCGUACGAAGGAAGUGGGUGAAGAGACGGGCAUGGCGGCGGCGAGGUGGUUAAGCGGGGAGAUAGAAAGCGGGGGUGAGACACUGUAUGUGGACGACGAAGAUGAAGAGUAGUCGACCAUGGAACGAUGCAAAGACAUUGAGGCCCUGCUGAAUGCCUGUCCUGGUAUCAUGCCGCUGGUAAAUAUGGACCCAGCAAUCUAUGCUGCUGAUACUCUGCUCCUGUUCAAUCCUCUCUCGCGAUCACGACACCUUCGUCCCACUCUGGGUCCUCAUCGAUGACCCCAGCGAACUCGUCUGACAUCAAAAGCUCAUCAUUGGCGGUCAGCACACCCUUAAUGUCGGUCGAGGCGAUCUCCUCGUAUGCUGUAGUGAUGCCCGUGAUGCG